AUGGCCAACAUGAACACGCUGACUGAAGCCGAAGCUGCUACUGGAAGUGGUGGCGCUGGUGGUAUGUCCGAGCGCGGCAGAACAGCUCCCGUAUUAGCGCCGCUUCUCGGAGGGGUCUUCAAAAAUAGAAAAUCCCGAGCCGCAGAAGACACUGGAGAACGAGGUUUUCAACGCAUCAGUGGUCGCAAGUUGCCUAGCGCUUUCUCAGCCGGCAUGACUUCUGCUCCACCAAUGCUCAUGCCGUCUGCCUUUGACAAUGACCGUAACAUGAGCACGACUUCAGUGUAUCGUGAUAGCACGUAUUACGGAGCAGCUGGCUCGCCAUUCGAUGAUCCCGAGAAUGAAAUCGGCACGAACGAAACUAUCAAUCCUGGACCAGCACGGCAAGCAAGGAUUCACCAUCCUUACACCAUGAGUCCGACAAGUGCAACGUCCGAAAACGCUUCUCCUACCAGUCCUACCUUUCCCAUCCAAGGACACAGGUUGACACCUGAACCCGGACAGAAUGCUCCCCUCAUGACACCUUUGACUCCGCAAGCCCGGGCUCAUAGGAGCGUCACCCCCGCCACACUGUCAAGCUUCGAUGGAAGCAGGGGAAGCAGAUUCACCGAAGAAGUCUGA